CUGUGCGGGUUUAGUUAUUGUCUGGAAGGUGUGGGUAAACCUUGUAUAUUUCCAUUCCCCUACGUUACGUAAUAGACAUGGCUUUGGUGUGUGUGGAGGACUUUGAGAAGAAGGCCGCUGGCCACCUUGAGAAAAAUGCUUUGGACUACUACAGGAGCGGUGCCGGUGAGCAGUUCACCUUGGCCCUGAACCGUGAGGCUUUCCGUCGCCUGCGGCUGCGUCCACGUUGCUUGCGGGAUAUCUCCCGUCUGGACAUUGGCUGUGAGAUAUUCGGCGAGCGGAUGAAGUGGCCGCUGGGAAUCGCACCCACGGCAAUGCAGAAGAUGGCGCAUCCAGAUGGCGAGAUUGGCAAUGCCAGGGCCGCCGGUAAGGCUGGCUCCAUCUACAUUCUCAGCACCCUUUCGACCACAUCGCUGGAGGAUCUGGCAGCCGGUGCUCCGAACACAGUGAAGUGGUUCCAGCUGUAUAUAUACAAGGAUCGUACCGUCACGGAAAAGCUGGUCCGUCGUGCCGAAAAGGCCAACUUCAAGGCCCUCGUUCUGACCAUCGAUGCCCCAAUAUUCGGACACAGACGUGCUGAUGUCCGAAAUAACUUCAGCCUGCCAGCGCACCUGACUCUGGCGAACUUCCAGGGUGUAAAGGCCACCGGUGUGGGUAAUCCUAGCAUGGGCGCUUCAGGUAUCAACGAAUACGUUUCUAGUCAGUUUGAUCCGACCAUCACCUGGAAGGAUGUCUCUUGGCUAAAGAGCAUCACCCAUCUGCCCAUUGUGGUAAAGGGAGUGCUGACCGCUGAGGAUGCUGUAUUGGCCAGGGAGUUUGGAUGUGCCGGCCUCAUUGUGUCCAACCAUGGAGCUCGUCAAAUCGACACGGUCCCGGCCUCAAUCGAAGCUCUGCCGGAGAUUGUAAAGGCCGUGGGCGAUGAUCUGGUGGUUAUGCUGGACGGUGGCAUCAUGCAGGGCAAUGACAUCUUCAAGGCCUUGGCUCUUGGGGCCAAAACCGUCUUUGUUGGUCGUCCUGCCGUCUGGGGACUGGCUUACAACGGCCAGAAGGGAGUAGAGGAGAUGCUGCGCAUUCUGAAAAAAGAUUUCGAGAUCACCAUGGCGCUAAUCGGCGCCCAAACUCUGAAGGACAUUCUGCCGUCGAUGGUGGUGCAUGAGUGGCAGUAUGCCAAGCUUUAAAUUGUUUUACUAUUACAUUUAGAAUUAAAAAUUGAGUUCCUUAAU